AUACUAGAAUCUCAAUUUGUUCGUUGAUACUUGCUUUCAUGGUCAGUUUUAAAUUGACAACACAUUGCGUAUCUCGCUUAUCUCCACAAUCUCCAAAUUGUGAGUUCAAAAAAAAACACAAUGUCUUUCAAACUGAUGGACGUGAGCUCGGAAUAUGCCAAAGACGCCCGCCUCAGCCCCCAGGACGUGAAAACCCUCUCCGAUUGGCUAGAAACUGAGCCCCAUUUGCCCAAAGCCACCGAACUCCAACUCAUCCUUUUCCUCCAGAGUUGUUACUACGACAUCGAGGCUGCGAAAAAAGCAAUUGACAAUUUUUUCACAGUUCGGACACAAUGUCCCGAAAUUUUCGGAGCUCCAACUAUAGAAACACUCAAACGUGAAUUAACCGUUUGUUCGAUUAAUUUCCUCCCUGAGAAAACACCAGAAGGCUAUGUUGUUGUUGUAAUGAAAAUGAUUGAUACACGACCUGAAAAUUACAACUGUGUAAAUCAAAUAAACCUGAUGGAUUCGAUAAUGAUGCUGUAUUUGCACCAACAUGGCACUUGUAACGGAAUUGUGUCAAUUUCGGACAUGCAAGGCAUUAGUUUCGGGCACAUGACACGAAUGAAUCUAGGAGCUAUUAAAAAACAAUUGUUUUAUGUUCAGGAAGGCGCUCCUCUGCGCAUCAAAGGAAUGCAUCACAUUAAUAUUGUCCCGUUCACUGACAAACUCAUGGCCAUGGUCAAACCUUUCAUGAAGAAGGAACUAACAGAUUUGCUCUAUUUUCAUAAUUCUAUGGAAGGGUUGUAUAAACAUGUACCUAAAAAAAUUUUACCGAAGGAAUAUGGUGGUGAUGCUCCGUCACUUGAAUUCUUACAUGAACAAAGUUGCAAAAAUGUAUUGGAAAAUAUGGAAUUUUUCAAAUGGUUGGAUUCGUUCAAAGUCGAUGAAACCAAACGGCCCGAACAACCAAAAAAUGAUUGUAUACUUUUGUGAUUUGUGUCUACGGUGAACUAUAAGUUAGGAGACGAAACGCAGGGAAAAAUAGUACGGCGGAGUAAAAAUACCGUCUUGAUGCCAAAUCGUUUUAAAUUAAUUUAAACUUGCAAAUUACUUGAAAAAAUGCUUAAAUGUUACGCUUUGCCCUCUGAAAUUUUUUUAAAAACGUGAGAAAAAAAUUAUUUUAAUUUUAAAAUUUGCACUUCGUUUAAGGUAAUUUGUACCUAAACUGUUGAAGAUAAAAAUAUGGUCUUGCGGACUUUUUUAUAGGAAAUUUAAUUCUCUACAACUUUGUUCCUUACACUUUUCUUGUAUCUUUAACCGUAUUCCCAGCGUUUUGAUAAAUAUGCGACGGUGCGCAAAAAUUAUUCAAUUUGCGUUCCAUUUUAUAUUUUUGCGAACGCUGCGAAUACGGUUGAAGAUACAAAAAAAAUGUAAGGAACAAAGUUGUAGAGAAUUAAAUUUUCUACAAAAAAGGCCGCUACACCAUAUUUCUAUCUUCAACGGUCUAGGUAUAAAUUAACUUACAAUACUUGACUAUCCGUAAAAUGAAGCAAAUCCGUCGAUUGAGCGUCUUUGAACGACUUUGGGGCCUAAAUGGUUGAAGAUAAAGAUAUGGUCUCGUGGACUUUUUUGUAGGAAAUUUAAUUCUCUACAACUUUCUUCCUUACACUUUUUGUGUAUCUUCAACCGUUUUUCCAGCGUUUUGAAAAAUAUGGGGCCGAGUGCAAAUUUGUAAAAGUUUGAUAUUUUUUUAAAUACAGUUUACUAUAAAAGUCGUACUAUUGAGAAUUUAAUGUUCUAUAUGCCUGCAUUUUUUUCCUUGCUAUGUGUUAACCGUUACACAAGUACAAGAUUUUUUUCAAAAAGAUGCUCUCUUGUGACAUUAACGAAACUAUCAAAGACGGGAACGUUUCAUUUGUACGUCGGUUCGCAUCCUAACCUUUAGAUAUCCGUAGUUAGAACAAAUAAACGAUCACAUAUCUCA